AUGGAAACGAGAAAGGUUUUCUUCGUAGCUCUUUCUUUUGUGCUGUUUAUAGGAGUGGCGAAUUGCAUAGACUUCACUGAAAAGGAUUUGGCCACAGACGAGAGCCUGUGGGACUUGUAUGAGAGAUGGAGGAGUCACCACACGGUCUCGAAGGAUCUUGGCGAGAAGAUAAAACGGUUCAACGUGUUCAAAUACAACGUUAACUACAUUCACAAAGUGAAUCAGAUGGACAAGCCUUACAAGCUGAAGCUGAACAAGUUUGCUGAUAUGACCAAUCAUGAAUUCAGGUCUGGUUUUGAUUCAAAGAUCCUACAUUUCAGGAUGCUCCAGGGCGAAAGGCGCAGGACCCCAUUCAUGCACGAAAAAACCAGUGAUCCACCACCGUCCAUCGACUGGAGGAAAAAUGGAGCCGUUAACCCUGUCAAAAACCAAGGCCGAUGUGGUAGCUGCUGGGCAUUUUCAACGAUAGUUGGGGUCGAGGGUAUCAACAAAAUCAAAACCAACAAACUAGUUUCUUUGUCCGAGCAAGAGCUUGUCGACUGCGAAUCUGAUAACCAAGGAUGCGAUGGCGGAUUAAUGGAAAAUGCAUACAAGUUCAUUGAGGAAAACGGCGGGGUUACAACAGAGCAAAUCUACCCUUACUUUGCACAAGACGGCAAAUGCGAUACAUCAAAGAGAAACUCGCCCAUCGUAAAAAUCGAUGGUUUUGAAACCGUACCCGCCAAUGACGAGAGCGCGUUAUUGAAAGCCGUUGCCAACCAGCCAGUCUCCAUUGCAAUAGAUGCCAGUGGUCCUAAUUUCCAAUUCUACUCCGAGGGAGUUUUUAACGGAUUCUGUGGCACGGAGCUGGACCACGGUGUGGCAAUCGUUGGCUACGGAACAACUCAAGAGGGAAUCGGUUACUGGAUCGUUAGGAACUCGUGGGGACCCGAGUGGGGCGAGCAAGGUUACAUUAGGAUGCAGCGUGGGAUUAACAGUCCCGAAGGGUUAUGUGGGUUAGCCAUGGAAGCCUCAUACCCGAUCAAGGUCUCAUCAGACAACCCAAGAAGUGUGGCUAAAGAUGAGCUCUAGAGCCGAGCCAUGAAAGCCACCUUAUUAUGUUUCUCUAGCUCUUAUGUUUCAAUAUUCACUGGGUUUUUUCAAUGAAUAAGGCAGCAAAAAUAUUCUAAGUUGCUUUGUCAAUUUGGUCAGAGAUUGUUGCCUUUUAUUUUG